AUGCCACUUCCACCAGAUGCAGGUGACGUUACAGCUUUUGGUGGGGGUGGAGAGUUGGUUGGAGCUUUUGGUGGGAGUGUAGAGUUGCCAGGAGCUUUUGGUGGGGGUGGAGAGUCGGUUGGAGCUCCUGGUGGGGGUGGUGGUGGGGGUGGAGAGACGUCUGGAGCUUCUGGUGUGGGUGCAGAGGUGUCUGGCUCUUCUGAUGGGGUUGGAGAGUCGGUUAGAGCUUCUAGUAGGGGUGGAGAGUCGGCUGGAGCUUCUGGUGAGGGUGGAGAGUCGGCUGGAGUUUCUGGUGGGGGUGCAGAGUCGACUGGAGCUUCAGGUGGGGGUGGAGAGUCGGCUAGAGCUUCUGGUGGGGGUGAAGAGUCGUCUGGAGCUUCUUGUUGGGGUACAGAGUCUGGAGCUUCUUUUGGGGGUACAGAGAUGGCUGGAAGACGAAUAGCUUUAUUAGGGUACAUGCAAAUGUAA